GUUUUGUGACGUAGCCGACGUCCUAUGAUUCUAGAGAGCGGGAAGAAUCAUGGGAACAGCGGAGUUAGCGUUUAUAGCUUGUGCUCAUCACUUUUUUGUACUGGAGAACAGGUUGGAGUAAUUUCCAGCCGUUAGCUGUUAAACAGCAGCAAACCGCUGUGCUAACUAAGGCUAGCGGAGCUAAAAGCCUCUCAGCUAGCUGCUCGGGACGCAGCGACACCAGUAGCUGUGUGGGUAACUUUGAGUUCUCCAGGAACAUGGCAGCCUCUCCUGUGGAGUACACCAUCGGCGGGGUGAAGGUCCACUUCCCCUGCAAGGCUUACCCGUCCCAGCUAGCCAUGAUGAAUUCAAUCAUGCGAGGGUUGAACUCCGGUCAGCACUGUUUGCUGGAGAGUCCCACAGGCAGUGGCAAAAGUCUGGCCUUGCUCUGCUCUGCUCUGGGCUGGCAGCAAGCUCAGUUUGCUAAAAUGAAAGCAGAAGGAGGACAGGAUGGGGACAAAAGUCAGUCCAGUGGGAAUUCGGGCGACUGCAAGAAGUUCCAGUCUCCCGCCCCGUGUCACUGUGUGUGCCACAGCAACCCUGAGACAGCAGACGUCCAGCCUGCUGUUGUGGACCUCACUGGGUCACCCUGCAAGGAGGAGGCACAGCCAUCAGACACAGCAUCAGAACAUUCGCCGUUGCCAGGGGAGUCUCAAGCCAAAAGGCGCUCUUUAUCGUCUCGCCUGUCGGAGAAGGUCCAGGCUUCUUUUGACUCUGACUGCCAGACAGAUGAGGACUUCAGACCAGACAGGAAGCGCAUCCGUACUGCAGAGUACAAGGCGGGGGGCCAUAAAAAGCAACGUCCACAAAAAGGGAUCAUAUUCUUAGAUGACGAACCCGAGCUGGAGAGUGAAACAACCCGUCCUCAGAGUUGGAAGACGGCAUCAAACAAGCAGGCAGCUGGUGUGACCUCAUCAAGCAGUGCCUCCAAACCCUGCUUCCUCUGUGCAUGUGGAUCAGCCAAAGACAACUUCAAGGACAAGGACAAGGACAAAGACAAAGAUGGCAGAAAAAAGACUCCAAAGAUCUUCUUUGGCACGCGGACCCAUAAACAGAUAACUCAGAUUGCCCAUGAGCUGAAGCGCACCGUUUACUCAGGCGUCCACAUGACCAUCCUGUCGAGCAGAGACCACACGUGUAUCAACCCAGACGUGGCGCCACAUUUCAACCGCAACGAACGCUGCAAGGAUCUGCUGGACGCCAAAGACGGAAGGUCGUGCAGGUUCUACCACGGGGUGCAGAGGAUGCGGGAUCAGCACACGCUGCAGUGGGUCCAUGGGCUGCGUGAAGCCUGGGACAUCGAAGACCUGGUGGCUGUGGGGAAAAAGCUGCGCUCCUGUUCCUACUACGCCGCUCGGGAGCUCAUGCAGGGUGCCUCUAUUAUCUUUUGUCCGUACAACUACCUGCUGGACCCAAUGAUCAGAGAGAGCAUGGAGAUUGACCUGGAAGGCCAGAUCUUGAUUCUGGAUGAGGCCCAUAACAUUGAGGACUGUGCGAGGGAAAGUGCCAGCUGCAGCCUAGGCCUGGCCAGCCUGCAGAUGUCCAGAGAUGAACUGGACGGCAUGGUCAACAGUAACAUUAGACGCUCCAACCACGAGUCUCUCAGGGACUUCUGUUACGCUCUCAUCAACUGGAUGCAGGAGAGCCAGGUGCUGCUGACUGAACGUGGCUUUGAUAAUGCCAGCAAGGUCUGGAGCGGAAAGGAUAUACUGAGCAUUUUCCACGGUCUGGGCAUCACAGCCGACACCUUCAGUAACCUGAAGAAAAGCCUGGCAGCCGUGCUGGAGAAGGAGGAGCGCGCUGGUUUGGUCAAUGGUAAGGAGGACAUGGUGCAGGUCCCAACCAUCGGCUCGUCGACGGCCACUGUCCUGAAAAACCUCUUCAUGGUGUUGGAUUUUCUCUACAGGGAAAACAGCCGGUUUGCUGAGGACUACCGCGUGGCGUUGCAGAGGAGCUACGCCUGGACUAAUCAGGUCCCACCUGAUGCCCAUGAUGCCCAGGGCUUUCUGGUCCUGUACCGCCCCCGACACCGUCAAACCACCCGGGUCAAGACGGAGGUCCUGACGCUCAGUUUCUGGUGUCUCAACCCUGCCGUGGCUUUCUCAGACCUGAGCGGUCUAGUACACAGCAUUGUGCUGACAUCAGGAACCCUGUCACCCAUGGGCUCGUUCUCCUCUGAACUUGGGGUGAAAUUCACCAUCCAGCUAGAGGCCAACCAUGUGAUCAACAAAUCCCAGGUCUGGGUGGGCACUGUUGGAGCAGGACCCCAAGGCCAAAAGCUCUGUGCCACUUUUCAGAACACUGAAACCUACGCCUUCCAGGACGAGGUGGGGGCUUUGCUGCUCCAUGUCUGCCAGGCCAUAGCCAAAGGUGUGCUCUGCUUUUUGCCUUCCUACAAGAUGCUGGACAAGCUGAGAGAUCGGUGGGUCAAAACGGGUCUGUGGACGAAGCUGGAACAACAGAAAACUGUAAUCACAGAGCCCCGCGGUGGUGGCAAGGGGGAUUUUGAUGAGCUGCUUCAAACGUACUAUGAUGCCAUCAAAUACUGUGACGGAACAGAUGGUGCACUGCUCAUUGCCGUAUGCAGGGGUAAGGUCAGCGAAGGCCUGGACUUUACAGAUGACAAUGCCAGGGCAGUGAUCACCAUCGGGAUUCCCUUUCCAAACAUCAAAGACCUCCAG